UCGAUGGCACUCUCCCGCUCCUACCUCCCACUCUUUCCUAAAUUUGCGUCAUGAUGGGUGCCACCGUAUGCCUUGUGCACUAGGCUGCUGUUAUCUGCUCACUAACAACCACCAUGGCACACGAAACGCGCCGCCUGCUUGAGGCAGCAGCAGUGCUGCAUUCGCUGCUCCUCGCAGCUGGCAUCCCUCAUGCCUUCCACGGCGACUUCGUUGUCGCAGUUCUUGCCAAUGCUCCGCAUUGUAAUGAGAUUUUCUGCGUCGUCGAAGGCGGUAGCUCACACCCAUUCCGCCGCGUCCGGCAAGCAUGCGCAUCGAGUGAGGACAUGACAACCCGGUCGUCUCCUUGGACAAAUCGCCUACAUGCCACGUAUAGUCGACUUAUUCCCUCAGUUGACAUAGAGAUUCUUCCUGCGGGAGAAGAAGGACCCAGACGCCUUGAUCAAACCACCGUGAUGAUGCUUGCCGGCAUACCCGUUUUGACCUAUGCUGAAUUCAUCAGAGCCAAGCUGAAGGCCUGGAUUAUUCGUCGAGCCGAACACGAUGCGGAAGAUAUUACCUUCGUGAUGACAAGGUAUUGGAGCGAGAUGGAUAUUAACCGCAUUCCAGAGCAAGAUAUGCGCGAAUUUGUCCGUCACCGCCCGGCUGCGGCGGCACCAUGGUCACAGCUCAAGAAGAAAUACGGACUAAGGUCGUAAAAACAAAGUAGGAGAUAUCGCACUCGGACCGCCUCAUGUUUGCUCAGACAGGACAAAAGCGCCGCCUUUCGCUGCGCAACCCCGCAAUCUUUCACAUGUACAAUUUCCCCGGGACCUUGGACCUUCUCCGC